AUGGCUUUGGAACCUGACUCUGAACAACAGGAAGAGUUCUUCGACUGCGUCACCGAUGUGAAGUAUUGUGCAAUCGCCUCACCCAAAGGUCAAGGUGCCGGGGAAGUUUUUGUAGAUUUCAGCAAAGCCCGAGCGAAAUGGAAACAAAUCAAAGGAUCGAGGAUGAAGAUUUUCGACAAUUACGGCGAAGCUCAGACUUUUGCUAAUACCCCAAUAGAACAAGCAACACAUGAAAAUGCGUAUCCUCCAGUACCUCAUUUUUUGAACUGUUUUUUUCAAAUAUUUAAGUCUCCCAAAGCAGAUGUCGAAGCCACCCCGUUUUCCAGUGUAACUCAAGGACUGUUGGUCAAAUUUCGGAGUUUCAUUGAGCAGAGUGACCUUGACAGUAUUCGCACCGCAAUUCAAGACAAUCCGAUGUGCCUCGUCACCGCCAGCGACACACCUACUCUUCUUCAGAUUCGUCUCAGAUACAACGCAUUACAUGUGGCUGCUGCAACCGGUAAUGCAGACACCAUAAAAUUGUUACUCAGCUAUCUGAAUUCACCUGAUUUCUGGAGACGCAUCUAUCCUGGUACCGAUGGCGCAACAGCUCGGGACCGUCAACGGCACGUCACAGAUUUAUAUUUGAAUAGCCCGGAAUUAGGUAAUUUAGAAACCCCGCUACAUUUUGCCAGCAAGUUUGGCCACAUAACCUGCGUCCGACUCUUGGCUGUGCAUCCUUGGACCCAAAUAAACGUCUUAAACCGGGCUGGCCAAACACCGUCUGAUUUGGCUGCCUCUCGUAUAUCAGAGGUUAGCCGAUCCAAUGGACCUGUAAACGUGGAUACUCCGGGUUGCUCUGCACGAUCUGUUUUGGUCUCCCACCCUAUUCGACGAUUGCUCUCCGAACAUUUUAUCCUCCUGGUGGAUGUUCGAAAUACGAGGGUGCCUGGCGAACAAAAAACAACCAUACUCCCAUCGAUAUCGUCCCAUCAAUUUCAAUCCUUAUUGGCUCUGAUGCCGUCUGCUCCCACUGCUCGCUUAUUAUCACUAUUCCCAUUCCUACCAGUGGAGCGUUCUCAUCCCCAGACAUCUACCAACGAGUCAAACACUCAUACCGUCCAGCUGGAUCUUGAUCUCAUUAACUUGGGUCUUGAUGUUCACCUUCUGGCCCUACGUGGAUUCGCUGGUCCUAUGACGCGGGAGGAGGCGGAAGUAUUUCGAUCGAGAUGGUUGAAGACCAAUUCGUCCACGUCAUUCAAGACCUUUGCUUCUGUUCGCCUGACUGAUCCAGAAAAGGGCUACGAGCGGCAGGGUCGACACCUUUCGCGCAUCUCGGGCGUACAGUGGCAUGAAUACUGGCCAUUAAUGAAUGACUACUUAGAUUUGGCUUCGGAGCAAGGCCUUACCAUCUUAGAAAAUUAUAUGAAACAAUGCCCUUCACCUUUUAAAUUGCCCUCAUGUCAACCAGUCACGCUUUCGAAUGGAACUAUGCUGCACAAGAAAUCUGGUGCUAUCGGUGAUACAGAGGAACCCGGCGACCAUAGUCCAGGACCUUCCAGCGGCCCUCUCAAUUUCGAUGGACCUGUCCAUAGUACCCCUAUCCGACGCCAGAGGGUCUCUUGGCCAGACCAUCCCAUCACCUCUACAAACCAGGAUCCAUGGAUGUCCUAUCGCUCGAAUGCUUGCGCCACGAAUGUGCUUAACGAUUCCCUUGAUGGGAGCAAUGAUGACUCCGAAAUUCAUGUGCCUCUUCAAGAUUCAGAGGACGGACAACAGGUCGACCGCGUGACGUCCACCAUUCAGCUGAGUCCUAUUCUCAGUCUAUUACAACGUCUCACAUUCGCAAGUCCAUUACGGUGGCUUUUGAUUGACAGUCCCGGUGGUCGUGAACCUCUAUUCAACCCAGAGUCGGCAUUGCCAGACCACAAAAAGCUAGUUAAGCUACAGAGCCCAUGUAUCAAUAUUGGAACUUCUCCGGGAAAACGGAGGAUGUCGGCAAUCGAUCCGGAUGCCACCAAAUCGGACGACCAACCUUUGUCUAAAAAACCUUCACCGAAAAAAUUGCACGAAGCUAUGAAUUUUAACCGGAUCAAAGUCCCUUUGUACCUCAAACAUAUUUACCGAGCCCUACCAGCUGGUGACCCGGAACUGGAGACUGCUGUGACUGUUUUAAGCUGUGCAGAACAGUCCACUGUUGCGCCAACCUAUUCCCGCCUACCCAACCUGUCCCGAUUUCCCAUCGUUGCCACAUGGAAAAAACAGAUUGAAGCUGUUCUACCUUCUUCUCAGAACCCCGGUAACCGUUGAUGCUUUCACUUUAUAUGCAUUUCAGAUAAAUUUCUAUGAUGAUUUCCUAUUUUCACCUUAUACGGAGUAAUGCACAAUCACCAGAAUAUAACUUGCUGUUCCAUCAAUUCUUGAC